GUAGUACCUACCUAGGUAGUAGGAUAAAGGAAAGUGGACUUCAAAGCAUGCAGCAAGGUUCUCUUCGGGCGCUGCUGUGGAUUUCUGUCGUGCGAGGGCAGUAAUAGGAGUCAAGACAAAGCGAGUUGCAUUACCAAGAUUGUUCACCAGCAUCGGCCUCUUGAGUGAUGCGCAGAGAUGUCUGUAACCAUGGCUAUGCAGGCUGUACCUUUUCCACAUAGUUCAACACAUUUUCCCUUUGGCGGACCGUCGUUUCAGAUUCUUCCGGCCUCGCUGCCGGCCUCCUCCCAACAUGCCCAACAACCAAAUAGGGAUGCCUCCAAGCAGACAGAUGCUACAGGCCAGGGUCCGAGAGAGCAAGCACCUGUUCCUCAACCGCUGCCAUGGAAGGGGAAGAGGCCCGGCAGCACAGCCAUGGGCAGGCCACCCCUGGCAGCACCGCCGCAGCAUGCGAAGAAGCAGAGCAAUUGGUCAGGGUGGAAGGCAAAGAGGAGGCGGCUAGAUGCGUCUGGACAGCAGGGAGGGCCUUUCAAAGCAGCAGUGAGUGCAGCAGACUUUCAGCAGAGGGGCAGACCUGUCGCAUCCGGCCCUACACCAGGUGCUCCACAGUAUUACAGGCAAUGGUCUGUUCGUUCUGACAGGGCGCCAGCACAGAUGGCAGCUGUCCAACCAGGCCAGAGAGUGGCGAGUGAUAUUGACCCCCCGCGACUUGUAGACCUGGCCAAGAAGAACAAGCAGAGAGCCAGGCGGUACUACAAGAAGAGCAGCAGGAAUCGAAACAAAGCCUCCCAUGAAGGAAUGCCGGAUGCUCCCAGGAACACCAAUUCAUUCCUCAUGCGGUCGCGGCUCAGAGGCCCCGUGACAGUAGACUCGCCUGUUGCUCCUGCAGUUUUGCAAGUCCCUCCUAUGCCCUCUGAGGACUGGCCUCAAGAGAGGCCCAAGGAGGCCUGGGCUGCUGAUGCUGAGGCUUUGGACGUCAACCCGUAUGGGAGCAUGAGUGGGGUCAUCCGCAUGAAGUUGACUGAGACCAGCGAGGCAACAGGCGUGGAGGAUGAGGCGGUUGACAAGGAGGAAGGGGGGGACUCUGAGGACUCUGAGGAAGGGAGCAGUGGGAGCGAGGAGUCUGAUGCGGAAGCAGACAGUGUGCAGAGGUUUGAGCAGAGGAUGGAUCAAGGUCUCUCACGCUUUGAGUUGAACUACACAGGAACAGAUGGCCAAACUGGAGAAGGAGCAUGGGAAGCCGGUAUGCUGCGACACCGGCUCUCUGAAGUUGAGGAGGACAACAUGAAGCUGGAGGAGGACAACAUGAAUCUGCGAGAGAAACUGUUUCUGGCAGAGAACCUGAUCAGGGAGCUGCAGAGGAGGUUGUCGCGGACAAGUGCAGGAGCAAGCGUAGUUCCUUCAGUGGACUCUCGAGGCAGCGGCGGUGCUUCCUAUGCCAUGGGGGCGCUGGCGUACCCUCAGGCCUCAUCGUCUGCAUCGGAGGAGGGGGCGUCAUCCGGCGGCGACCUCCUGGGCAUCCUAUUCGGGGAGGGAGAUGCUCAGAUGUGCACACCUGCUGAUGCUUUGUGUGCACCCGGCGACAUUGAUGAAGAUGCUGACUCGCGGCAACCGCUGCCUGUGCAGAAGGCUCACCCCGAGAUGCCUGCCUCAGUUGUUCAUGCAAGUGUCAGCGGUGAUACAGAUCUCACCAGAAGUACAGAUUGGGCGCGUCUCUGCUCUCUGGGCUGCAAUUGCGGCCUGGACCUUGGGCAACCUCGGACGCGCCUGAGUCCGGCUCUGUCGCUCCGAACCAGAGUGGGCCACUCGUUGUGUCACUGGAGUGCUUGA